GACGACGGCUCAGUUUGAGUUCAGGACUCUGAGGAGACAAGAUGCUGUUUGACAAAGUGAAGCGCUUCGUGAUCGUGCUGGACUGCCCCGAGGGCCCCGACCCGGCCUCGGCCCCUUCGACGCCGGUGUUCAGCUCCGGGGAGGCGGUGUCCGGCCGCGUGGUGCUGGAGCUCUCCGGAGAGGCCCGGCUCGGAGCCCUCCUCCUCGUCGCCGCCGGCGCCGCCCGCGUCCACUGGACCGAGUCCCGCAGCGCCGGGUCCAGCACGGCCUACACGCAGAGCUACGCCGAGCAGCAGGACUUCCUCCGCCACCGCCAGAACCUGCUCCCCGCCCAGACAGAAAACGGAGGCUUCACGACCCUCCCGGCAGGAAAGCAUGAAUUCGCAUUCACUUUCCAACUUCCCGAAACUCUGGCCACUUCCUUUGAGGGCAAGCAUGGCAACGUCCGGUAUUGGGUCAAGGCCAAGCUCCAUCGGCCGUGGGCUUCGGCCAAGCGGGUCAAGAAGGAGUUCACUGUCAUUGAGCCCAUUGACAUCAACACCCCCGCCUUGCUGGCUCCUCAGGCCGGCGCCAAGGAGAAGUUGGCCCGAACUUGGUACUGCAACCGGGGUCAAGUCUCUGUCUCGGCCAAAAUUGACCGGAAGGGCUACACACCAGGCGAGGUGAUCCCCAUCUUUGCGGAGAUCGACAACGGGACCUCUCGGGCGGUGUCCCCCAAGGCGGCCAUCAUCCAGGUGCAGACCUUCCUGGCGCGGGGGGCGCGCAAGGAGAAGAAGGCGGUGGUGGCCAGCAUCGCGGGGGAGGCCGUGGGGCCCCACGCCCGGGGGCUCUGGCACGGCCGCGCCCUCAAGAUCCCCCCCGUCGGGCCCUCCAUCCUCCAGUGCCGCAUCCUCCACGUCGAGUACCAGCUCAAGGUCUGCAUCGACAUCCCCGGCACCUCGAAGCUGCUCCUGGAGCUCCCGCUGGUGAUGGGCACCAUCCCGCUCCACCCCUUUGGCAGCCGCACCUCCUCCGUCAGCAGCCAGUUCAGCCUCAGCCUGGACUGGGCCCGACUGGGACUCGCCGCCGAGCAGCCCGAAGCUCCCCCCGAAUACUCCUCGGUGGUGUCUGGGGAGGACCCUGCGGAGACCCUCUCCCCGCCCAGCCCCCUGGGGCCCCCCAGCCUCCUCCUCGAGGGGCCCUUCUUCGCCUACAUCCAGGAGUUCCGCCUGCGGCCCCCGCCCCUCUACUCCGAGGUGGACCCCAACCCGCCCGACGACAGCACCCUCCGCCCUCGCUGCAUGACGUGUUGAAAAAGGAAAAGGCUGUUUUUUUCCAAACUGACGUAAACACGGAGAAAGGAAUGGAGAAAAGGCAUCGGGUGGAGGGAAGAUGA